AACAUCACUAGUGCUGCACACAGCUGUCGAGCCAAAAAAAACAACAGAUAUUACUGAGUGCGAUAGUCAGGGCAGUCGGGAUAAUCAUCAGUUAUCAGCAAAUCGGAUUAUUAGCUGAAAAGUAAAAUUGUGAGCAGUGAGCAGCAGCAGAAUGAUGCCAACAAUAACGAAAAACUACGAGAACGUAGUCAUCAGCACGGGCAACAUUAUCAACAAGGAGAUAGGACAACGCAAGUCAAACGAGGAGCUUUACGACGGAUUGAAAGUCACACUGCACAACGAUCCAAAUUCCGAGAGCGUGGUGGUUGAGAUUGACAAGCGGCAUGGCCGCGUGCUCUGUGCUACGCAGGAACUGAACAACCGACUUACAGAGAAUAGACGCAAUGAGAUUAGCAUUGGUGCCAAGAUAUUCCUCAACAAAAAUUCGUUAGAGUGCAUCAAUCAGGCGGUCGACGCAUUGCUCAACAUACUCAAUGUGACGCAUGUGGACAACGUGGUGCUGGCUUACCAUCCCAAUGUCUCGGCCGUUGCCAGUAGCAACGACUGCGGUAGCUGCCCCAACGUUAGCUAUGCAGCCAACAGCUGGAGCGCACGUAACGGUGAGCAGGGCAUAGCCGAGCUAAAGUUACUCUACAAGGGCUUAGAGAAAUACGCACUCAAGCAACAAAUCAAACAGUUGGGUAUUGCCGAUCUUGACACAAAGGCUUUGGCUGAGCUAUACAAUUCGGCUGAGGUGGCGCCUACCAUAGCGCAGGUAAAUCUGGCCGCCUGCUGCGUAGUGCCAGACGAACUGAAUGAAUUCUGCCGCGAACAUGAAUUGGUACUUAAUACACACAGCGAUCCGGAACUGCUGCUGGCUGAGGAGCAGUUCUCUUGCUUGGCACCCGGCUAUACAAUCGAUUGGUCUCUGCGCUACCAGGUGCACGUCCGCUGUCGCAGCGUGCUCACUGCCAAGGGCUACAUAGUGGGUGCCUCGCAACCGAGCCCUCAUAAUCUAAUCUAAGCUUUUGAUUAGUAUAUUGCUGUAUAUAUAUCUAUAUGUAUAUGUAUUUGUAUGUACAUGCAAAACUGUAUUUAUUGUUUGUUAUACAAAAGCCAAGAUCGAGAUAAGAACAGAAGUGAGUGGCGUUCUAGCAGCGAGUGAGCAGUUCAAACAAUUAGAUUGUGAAUAGAUUUUCUCGUUCAUUAAUAAAUUUUAUAAAUUUUAAUAAAAAUUUAAGUGAGCGGCGGUAAAAUGAAAAAUUUAAACUUUGAAGCCUAUAACAAUUUGUGCAUUAUAAUUUAGUAUCAACUUACAAUUUGAUUUCUGUUAAGCGCCAACAUGUUGGCUCCCAAAGUGCAACAGGUGCGCAUGUUGUGUACACAGUCAAACCUUCAAAG